AUGGCUACUGGUAAAAGCAAAAAGGAAACGAAAAUGAGAAUUCGGGCUUUUCCGAUGAGUAUGGAGGAGAAAUACGUGGAUGAUAUUUGGCAGUUAUUGCGCAAUGCCAUCAUAGAAAUCCUUAACAAAAAUAAUAGUGGAUUAAGUUUUGAAGAAUUGUACAGAAAUGCAUAUACGAUGGUACUUCAUAAACAUGGUGAUAGAUUAUACACUGGUUGUAAGGAUGUUAUUGCAGAAUAUUUAAGAAAGGUUUGUCAAGAUCUACGAAAUUCCGUCGAUAAUAACUUUUUGACUAUAUUAAACCGUGCUUGGACAGAUCAUCAAACCGCAAUGACUAUGAUUAGAGAUAUUUUAAUGUAUAUGGACCGAGUAUACGUCCAUGGAAAAAGUUUAGAUACCAUCUAUAACAUGGGGCUUAUAUUAUUUAGAGAUUUGGUUGCACGAUCUGGCCAUAUUCGAGAUUAUUUAUGUAAAACAUUAUUAGAACUUGUAGAUAAAGAAAGACAAGGAGAAGUUGUAGAUAGGGGAGCAGUAAAGAAUGCUUGCCACAUGUUAAUAAAUCUAAGUUUAGGAGGCAGAUCUGUAUAUGAGGAGGAUUUCGAGCAACCAUUUUUGGAGCAGUCUGCUGAAUUUUAUCAACGUGAAGGCCAGAAAUAUUUGCAAGAAAAUGAUUCUUCAACAUAUAUUAAAAAGGUCGAAGGACGUCUAAAUGAAGAAGCUGAACGAGCAGCACAUUACCUUGAUAAAAGUACUGAAAAGAGAAUUGUUCGGGUUGUAGAAGCAGAACUUAUCGAAAAGCAUAUGAAGACCGUAAUUGAAAUGGAAAAUUCCGGUCUAGUAAGCAUGUUAAGAAAUGCGAAAAUGGACGAUCUCGCACGCAUGUACAGCAUGAUGAAUCGUGUUCAUGGAGGAGUUGAAUUAAUGUGUGAUUGUAUGGGCGUUUAUCUGAAAAGCCAAGGAAAAGCCCUAGUCAAUGAUGAUGAUGGAAAAACUGGCAUUGCUUUUAUUCAGAGCGUCAUCGAUCUAAAGGAUAUUUAUGAACAGUUUCUGGAGAAAUCAUUUGAUAACAAUCGUCAUUUUAAACAGACGAUAAAUAAAGAAUUUGAAUCAUUUCUAAAUAUUAACCCAAGAGCCCCUGAAUAUUUGUCUUUAUAUAUCGACGAUAAGCUUAAAAAAGGCACCAAAGGAUUGUCGGAUCAGGAAAUAGAACUUCUUUUAGAAAAGACUAUGGUAUUAUUUCGAUAUCUACAAGAUAAGGACGUAUUUGAAAAAUAUUACAAACAACAUUUAGCCAAGAGAUUGCUUCUUGGUAAAAGUAGUUCUAAUGAAAUGGAGAACAGUAUGAUUUUCAAGUUAAAGUCGGAAUGUGGAUGUCAGUUUACAUCGAAGUUAGAAGGAAUGUUUAAAGAUAUGUCGGUAUCCGAAACUGUAAUGGAGAAAUUUAAGAAGCAUUUAGAUAGCUCUCAGACCACCAUAAACUUUGAUCUGAAUAUUCGUGUCCUCACUGCUGGUUUUUGGCCUUCUCAGUUAUCUUCAAACCAAUGUAAUAUACCCACAGAAAUUUCUACCUGUUAUGACGCUUUUCAGAGUUUUUAUUUAGGCGGUCAUAACGGGCGAAAACUAGUAUUACAAGCUCAAUUGGGAUUUGCAGAUUUACAUGCCACGUUUUUUGGCUCCAAAAAGCCUGAUAGCGUUAAGCUUGAAACUAGGAAUCAUAUUUUACAAGUAUCGACUUUUCAAAUGGUUAUAUUAUUACUAUUCAAUAGUAAAGAAAAAUUAUCAUUCGAGGAAUUAAAGAUUGCAACGAACAUUCCGGAUCGGGAUUUGAUAAGAGCAUUACAGUCACUUGCUUGUGGAAAGACAUCGCAGAGAAUAUUAACAAAAAAUCCAAAAUCAAAAGAGAUAGGUCCAGCUGACGAAUUCAUUGUUAACGACAAUUUCACUUCUAAACUCGUUAGAGUAAAGAUACAAACAGCUGCCAUAAUUAGAAUAAUGAAGGCUAGGAAGCAAUUACAUCAUAGCGCAUUAGUCGUCGAGACUACAGAACUAUUAACGGCAAGGUUUAUGCCUCAUCCUAUGGUUAUUAAGAAGAGAAUUGAAAGCUUAAUUGAAAGAGAAUAUUUACGCCGUACCGAUGAUAGGAAAAUGUAUUCCUACGUUGCAUAA